AUGAGUUCGUGGCUCCAGCGACUGCGUGGGACGUACGAUGCGGCCUCUCACGCGGAUCCGACCCAGCGUCAUGCGCCCUCGAAAGAGCCUGGAAUCAAAAACCCCGAAAAGCCCGCGAAGCCGGAACCGAAGGACCCCAAUGCGCCAUUGAAGCGACUCCAACUGCAUCAGAAAUGCCUUUAUGAACGCACGCUCCCCGGAAAGGCCUUCAUAUCCGCCCAUGUGAAUCGGCUACAGCAUGGAUUCUACCAGAGUAACGCUCUUCAUGAGCCUACGAUGGACAACGUCUACUUCGUGUCGGUCCACUUCGUCUUCCACCCACAUGAUCCCAGAUCUCAUCGCUUCAAAUCAGCCGUUAUAAAGGUCUCAAUACACGGUGACUUCAACCCGUCCACCGACUACGAGAAUGGCUGGUAUCGACCGCCACCAUCCAGUCCGCGGAUUUUGAGACAUGCUCCUGAACUCAUCUACGGCGCGGUGUCUCCCGAGAAUCUGCAAUGGAACUUCAGCCUUUCGAGCUCUCUCGGUGUUUCACAAGCGCCUGUGUCUGCAACAUUGAAUCCCAAUGGCGGCGUUAAGAGCAGCUAUAAGGUGUACGACAUGAUGUCUAUACAAGGGUCUUUGCGAUCGCUGAAGAGUCCGCUAGGUCCAGAGUACGAUAUUGAGGAUGCGAUGGCCGUUUGGACGCUUGAAGAAAACCUGCUCCAGAGGUCCGGUCUUCCAAGAGACUUCGACUUUUGUCUUCUAGUACACAAGCCGGAUGAUGUCAAGAAUGUGUACCUGAGUGUCGACGUGGAUGCUGUUGUAGAGGCAUGGUUUGGCGAGUAUCCGCAGUGGUACACCAAUCUCUCACGAUAUCUACCAACUCAGGACCUUACUUUCGGCUUCAAUACGGACAUUGGGCAGAGGUUCCUACCUAUUCAUGCAGGACGUGGUUUCAAUUUUGCGGACCUUCCUCAUCCGCUCGAACAGUACGUAACGAUGCCAGGGACUGUUUAUCCAACGAAUGACGCAGCGUACGAUAAGCCGACCUCAGGGAGGCGUAGAACAUUCGAUGAUUCUCCUGGCCAAGGCCGAACGUUCGGGCAUACAGCCACGGAACGCAAAGCGAUUGAAGCUUCCCCUAUACUGGAGCAACCAGUAACCCCCACAAGAGGCAACAGGACAUCUAGCCAGGCCCACGUUCCCACCCGACAAAGCUGGGGCCCUGAUACUCUCAAUGUCCGUGUCAUGUUAGAACACAGUAGUCCCGGCUCUUCAGGCGCACGGCGAUACUCUGGGUCUCCCACCGGCCACCAAGAACAGAAUCGGACCCACUCUAUCCGACGUAGAAGAUCACGCUCGGGGCUCAAGGAAUACAGUGCUCAGCAAGCUCUCCAUGAAAUUGCUCGAGAAACGCUGAAGGAGGAUGAUGAUCCACCACAUCGAGCAAGUCACGGAGAGGGUGUCGGGAGGACCAAGGGAUUGGAGGCUGGGGUCAAUGGAUACACCUGA